AUGGAUACAGUGUCUCGACGAUUAUUGAAAGAGCUUCGUGAUUUCGAUAAAGAAGCAGCAUCACAUCCCGAAAUUCUCGAGCUGGCACCCGAGUCUGAUCAUGAUUUAAGACAGUGGAAAGCACGUUUGGCUGGAUUACCUGGCACACCUUAUGAAGGCGGUGUCUUUGACCUUUCAAUUCAAAUUCCACGCAACUACCCAAUACAUCCGCCUACAAUGCAAUUUACUACAAAGAUCUGUCACCCUAAUGUUCAUUUUAAGACAGGAGAGAUUUGUUUGGAUAUUUUAAAGACGGAAUGGUCUCCGGCGUGGACGCUUAAAUCAACCGUACUUGCUGUUUCGUUAUUGUUGUCCAAUCCCGAGCCUUCUUCACCGCUAAACUGUGACGCAGCCAAUUUGUUACGAUGUGGCGACAUGUUGGCGUAUGAAAACUUGAUCCGGAUGUAUACCCAACUUUACGCAUUGCCAAAAUAA